UGGCAAUGGACAAUCGGAAAUUUACCAAUGAAAUGGCAUAGAUUGCCCUCGAGUUGAAUUGCUCACGGCACCCACACGGCUCUCUCCUUCUCGCUCUCCUCCACUUGUGAACUCUCCCGGAAAAUCCCGUCGUUUCCCGAGAAAAUGCCCGAGCUGGAGGACGACGGCCCUGGCCGCGGCGGCUUGACGAGUCCACCGCUCGAUGACGCGGCGGCAGCAGCCCCGGGGGAGUCCAUCAUGGACCUCGACCUCGACGUCUACAGUCCCUGGCCACUGAUGGAUCAUCAGCUCCACUUCGCCGCGUCUCCCUCUUCCUGUCCGCCUCCGACCAGCCCAGCUCGCCUCUCUGUGCCUUCUCCUGCGGAUCCGAGGACAAGCUCGCCGCCGCCACCGCCGCAGGGGUCCGCCUCUCCGAUUGCUCUCGAUCAUCACAAUUCAGAGACCGAAGCUCCCACUGAGGAUAGUGAUCGUGAAAAGCUGCCGUCACCAUAUUUGGGGCUGACGGCAUUUGAAAAUCCUGAUGGAUACCGUAUCAUUAACGAAAGGAUGACCCAGGCUCUUCGUGACUUCAAAGAAUCAACUGAACAGCUUGUUCUAGCUCAGGUUUGGGCACCGGUAAAGAAUGGUGGUCGGUAUGUCCUUACAACUUCAGGGCAACCCUUCGUUCUUGGUCCAAAUACUAAUGGGCUUCACCAGUACAGAAUAGUGUCUAUGAUGUAUUUGUUUUCUGCGGAUGGGGGGAAUGAUGAAGAACUGGGACUUCCUAGUCGUGUUUUCCAGCAAAAGCUACCUGAAUGGACUCCUAAUGUACAAUACUACACCAGCAAAGAAUAUUCGAGGCUUGAUCAUGCUCUUCAUUAUAAUGUUCAGGGAACCUUGGCUUUGCCCGUCUUUGAACCAUCGGGCCAAUCUUGUGUUGGUGUUCUUGAACUCAUUAUGACUUCACGGAGGAUUAACUACGCACCGGUGGUUGAUAAAGUCUGCAAAGCACUUGAGAUAGCAUUACAAGAAUUUGGCAGUGAUACAAUCAGAGUUUUCUGCAAGCAGUGAACUUGAAAAGUUCUGAAAUCCUGAUGCACACAGAUAUGCAAUGAAGGGCGGCAUAAUGCAUUGGCUGAAAUUUUGGAGCACAAGCUACCUCUGGCUCAAACCUGGGUCCCAUGUCAGCAUCGCAGUGUUUUGGCUAAUGGCGGUGGCGUGAAAAAGAGUUGUUCUAACUUUGAUGGUAGCUGCAUGGCACAAGUCUACAUGUCCACAACUGAUGUGGCAUUUUAUGUUGUAGAUGCCUCAUAUGUGGGGCUUUCGGGAAGCUUGUGUUAAGCAUCACUUACAAAAGGGUCAGGGGGUCGCUGGGAGGGCUUUCUUGUCCUAGAGCCACCUCGUCAUGUUGUCCAUGCUCGGUUUCUUCUUGCAAGCAAACGUUACCGGGGAGGGACUUGUCGAGAAUCUUGCGAAGUACCUCAGCAACCCAUUCAAAAACAACUUGCUUACCGGGGAGGGACUUGUUGAGAAUCUUGCGAAGCACCUCAGCAACCCAUUCAAAAACAACUUGCUCACUAUGAUUGCCAAAACAGCAGAAAAAACUCCUACCCUGUGAUUUUAGCUCUUGAGAUUAUCCUCUUAAAUAUGGGAAUGAGUUGUACAUCUCAAUGAGACAGCUUGAGGCAUUUAUCAGAAUUUCUACUUGGAACUCUCUCUUGUGAUCUGUGUAGAGGGCUUGAUCAAGUUGGCCCUGAAGAUUGUAACAUCUUGAAUAUUCUUUUGUCAUCGUAUGUGCAAAAUCUUCUUU